AUGGAGGGUCCCUGCCCUGGCGGCCGGCUGUUGCUGUUUCUCCUGGUUCAGGCCGGGGCCCUGGCCCCGGCCCCGGCCCCGGGCUCCUUGCCCGCCUUCCUGCCUUGUGACCUCGAGGCCCCCAGCAAAGUCAACUGUGAGUGGCUGUACCUGAAGUCUGUGCCUCACUUCUUGCCCUCCGACCCCCGAGGCAACAUCACCGACCUUUCCUUGCGCUGCAACCGCAUCCGCCACCUCUACCGCUCUGACUUCGCCCACCUGUCCAGCCUGAGAAGCCUCGACCUCAAGUGGAACUGCCCGCCGAGCAGCCUCAGCAUCAUGCAGUGGGCCUGCCACAUGACCAUCGAGCCUGGCACCUUCCUGGCCGUGCCGACCCUGGAGGAUCUGAACCUGAGCUACAACAACAUCACGACCGUGCCCGCCCUGCCCCACUCCCUUAGGAAACUGUCCCUGAGCCACACCAACAUCCUGGUGCUCGACCCCAGCCGCUUCAGGACCCUGCGAGCCCUGACGCACCUGUACAUGGAUGGUAACUGCUACUACAGGAACCCCUGCGGCCGGGCCGUGCAAGUGCCCCCGGGCGCUCUCCUCAGCCUGGGCAGCCUCACCCACCUGUCGCUCAAGUACGACAACCUCACAGAGGUGCCCCGCCGCCUGCCCCGCGGCCUGCGGUACCUGCUGCUCUCCUACAACCGCAUCACCACCCUGGGGCCCGAGGACCUGGCCAACCUCACCGCCCUGCGUGUGCUCGACGUGGGAGGAAACUGCCGCCGGUGCGACCACGCCCUCAACCCCUGUGUGGAGUGCCCCAGGAGCUCCCUCAAGCUGCACCCCGACACGUUCCGCCACCUGCGACACCUGGAGGGCCUGGUGCUGAGUGACAGUUCUCUCCGCACCCUGGACAGCAACUGGUUCAGAGGCCUGAACAACCUCUCCACGCUGGACGUGAGCGAGAACUUCCUGUCUGAGUGCAUCACCACCACCACGGUCUUCCGGCACCUGACGACGCUGCGCAAACUCAACCUGUCCUUCAAUUACCACAAGCAGAUAUCCUACGCUCACCUGCCGCUGGCGGACUCCUUCCGGAAACUGACCUCCUUGCAGCAGCUGGACAUGACGGGCAUCUUCUUCCGCUCGCUCGACAAUCACACACUGGGGCCGCUGGUCCACCUGCCCGCCCUGCAGAACCUGACUUUGCAGAUGAAUUUCAUCAGCAAGGCCAACCUCAGCCUCUUCCAGGAGUUCACACACCUGCGCCAAGUGGACCUGUCUGACAACCGCAUCAGCGGGACGGACGGCUUGGUGGCCUCCGCGGUGGAGGCGGGUGCCAGGGAGGAGGCCUGGCCGCCACGCAGGCACCUCGCCCCAGGCCCCCAGGAUGCCCCCAGCUCUGAGACCUUCAUGCCAAGCUGCAAGGGCCUCACGUUCACCUUGGAUCUGUCCCGGAACAACCUGGUGACGAUUCAGCCAGAGAUGUUUGCUGGACUCUCACAUCUCCAGUGCCUGCGUCUGAGUCACAACAGCAUCUCACAGGCGGUCAACGGCUCCCAGUUCGUGCCGCUGACCAGCCUGCGGGUGCUGGACCUGUCCUACAACAAGCUGGACUUGUACCACGGGAGCUCGUUCACCGAGCUGCCCCAGCUGGAGGCCCUGGACCUCAGCUACAACAGCGAGGCCUUCCGCAUGCAGGGCAUGGGCCACAACUUCAGCUUCCUGGCCCAGCUGCCCAACCUGCGCUACUUCAGCCUGGCACAGAACGCCAUCCACAGCCGCGUGUCCCCGAAGCUCUGCAGCACCUCGCUGCGGGCCCUGGACUUCAGCGGCAACUCCCUGCACCUCAUGUGGAGAGAGGGAGACCUCUACCUCCACUUCUUCCGAGACCUGACACAGCUGCUGCACCUGGACCUGUCCCAGAAUCACCUGCACGCCCUCCUGCCGCACAACCUGGGCAGCCUCCCCAAGACCCUGCAGCUGCUGUGUCUUCGUGACAACUACUUGGCCUUCCUCAACUGGAGCAGCCUGACCCUCCUGCCCAACCUGGAAGUGCUGGACCUGGCCGGGAACCAGCUGAAGGGCCUGACCAACGGCAGCCUCCCCGCUCACACCAAGCUCCGGAAGCUGGACGUCAGCCGCAACAGCAUCGGCUUUGUGGACGCCGGCUUCUUUGCCGUGGCGAUGGGACUGCGCGAGAUCAACCUGAGCACCAACGCCCUCAAGACCGUGGAUCCCUCGUGGUUUGGCGCCCGGGUGGCCACCCUGAAAGUCCUGGACGUGAGGAACAACCCCCUGCACUGUGCCUGUGGGGCGACCUUCAUGGACUUCCUGCUGGAGGUGCAGGCGGCCGUGCCCGGGCUGUCCAGCCACGUCACGUGUGGCAGCCCGGGCCAGCUGCGGGGCCAAAGCAUCUUUAAACAGGACCUGCGCCUGUGCCUGGAUGAGGCCCUCUCCUGGGGCUGCUUCAGCCUCUUGAUGCCGGCGGUGGCCCUGUCCUUGGCCAUCCCCCUGCUGAAGCACCUGUGCGGCUGGGACCUCUGGUACUGCUUCCACCUGGGCCUGGCCCGUCUGCCCCGGCAGGGGCGUCAGCGGGGCGCGGCCGCCCUGGCCUACGACGCCUUCGUGGUCUUCAACAAGUCGCACAGUGCCGUGGCCGACUGGGUGUACAACGAGCUGCGGGUGCAGCUGGAGGAGCACCGCGGGCGCCAGGCACUGCGCCUCUGCCUGGAGGAGCGGGACUGGCUCCCGGGCAAGACGCUCUUCGAGAACCUGUGGGCCUCGGUCCACAGCAGCCGCAAGACGCUGUUCGUGCUGGACCGCACCGACCGGGUCAGCGGCCUCCUGCGUGCCAGCUUCCUGCUCGCCCAGCAGCGCCUGCUGGAGGACCGGAAGGACGUGGUGGUGCUGGUGAUUCUGAGCCCCGGCGCCCACCGCUCCCGCUACGUGCGCCUGCGGCAGCGCCUCUGCCGCCAGAGCGUUCUCCUCUGGCCCCGCCAGCCCAGCGGCCAGGGCAGCUUCUGGGCCCAGCUGGGCAUGGCCCUGACCAGGGACAACCGCCACUUCUACAACCAAAACUUCUGCCGGGGGCCCACGACGGCCUAG